UUAAACUGCAGCGGGAGGUCAUUCCAAGCCACAACUCCCCUGUAGGCAAAUUUUCCAUUUAUUUUUAAUUGAUUAGGUAAUGUUAAAUGAAGUAUCGAAUUUGUCCUAGUAAACAUUUCCGUUAACUUUGGUAGCAUGUUAUUUCUAUAACUUAGAAUCGCUAAGUUGACGUUUUCUAAUUUAGAAACUCCAUUUCCCAAAAUUUUCUAAUUUAAAACUCCAUUUGCCUUUGGUGUUUUUGUGAAGAACUUGCCAAACGACCAACCAUGUCAGACGACCAAGGAAUGCGAUCAACACGCAGAAACAAGAGAAAAGGACAAUUCUCCCUACCUAAAGACGAAGAACACCUCGAGGAAAGAUACAUCGAUGAUGAUAUCGGUCGAGGAGUUUUUACCACAAAAACAUUCUCCAAAGGGGAUUUCCUUCUAGAAUACAAAGGGGAAUUAAUUUCUCAAGAGGAAGGUUACAUUAGAGAGAAGAAUUACCCUGACGACCUUGGAAGCUUUCUUUUCUUUUUCCAACAAGGAAAUGCCUCAUUGUGUGUCGAUGCAACUUAUUCAGACGGACUUGGAAGACUGGUUAAUGAUGCCGAGGCAAGAGUGGCGAAUUGUCUGAUGAAAAGACUCAUCAUUAAUAGUCAACCUCACUUGGCAAUUUAUGCUAAGAGGGAUCUAUGUAAAAACGAAGAGUUACGCUACGAUUACGGUGUGAAGGACCUUCCAUGGCGAAUUCAAAAGGACCGAUUAAAACACAAACGAGAAAAAUUCACAGGGCUAACGAUCGCAGAGAAGGCAAAUGAAAGUGCCAAAGACCAACAAAAUGAGGACACUCCCCUCGGAUCCAUGGUUAUUGAUGAUCAUGCUCAAGUUACUAGCCAAGCGAACAACCAGAGUAACAUUUCGUGUGUCACGCCUGUGUUUCCACAAAGGCAUUUGGAGGAUUAUGUCAUUACACGUAUGUGA